UCGAGAAUGUCUGGUCGCGGAAAGGGAGGAAAAGGUCUUGGCAAAGGAGGCGCUAAGCGCCACAGAAAGGUGCUUCGUGAUAACAUCCAGGGUAUCACGAAGCCCGCUAUUCGCCGCUUGGCUCGCCGUGGUGGCGUGAAGCGUAUCUCCGGCUUGAUCUACGAGGAGACUCGUGGUGUCCUGAAAGUGUUUCUGGAGAACGUGAUCCGUGACGCCGUUACUUACACCGAACAUGCCAAGAGGAAGACCGUCACCGCUAUGGAUGUUGUCUACGCGCUGAAGCGUCAGGGUCGUACUCUGUACGGUUUCGGAGGCUAAAACUUUCAUCCGCUGAGGGAACAAGUAAAAACCAAAGGCUCUUUUAAGAGCCACCCACAUAACACUGAAAAGAGCUGUCAAAUUCACCAUUUUCUGAGCACUUCAGAGAUGUUUCUACAAUGUCCUGAGAUGUGUCUUUGUAAGACGGUUCUUCCCAUAAAGAAUACCCCAGGGGAGCACUCCUAACGGCGGUGUUACGCUUCUUGUUUAUACACCGUUUUACGUUUAAGCCUGUGUUGGGCCCUUUAACUCGCGUCUUAUAGGUCAAGUCAGUUCGCGCUGAGAUCAAGUGAUUCGGUUGUAGCUCCGGCACAGGGGUGUUUGUCAGCUUCCAGUGACUGAAGUACGAUUGCCUAGUGCUUCAAGCCCGAUCUGCGUUUUUUGAGCUCCGCUAUCACGGCUUUGCAGGAGACAAGCGCUGCUUACGUGGUCGGUCUGUUUGAGAACGCCAACUUGUGCGCUACUCGCGCCAAGAGGGUGACUAUCACGCCCGAAGACAUUCACCUGGCUCCUUUUAGCCGCAGAGAGCGCGCUAGAAGUUCCCGCUGUAGACACUCAUCACAAAACCCAAUAGCUCUUGUAAGAGCUGUUUCAAUUCAGUUUCA